AUGCACAAGCUCGACCUUGAGAACAACACUUCCAAUGAUGAGAAAUUCCCCGAGGGCGGUUUAUCCGCCAACCUUGUCGUGCUGGGCAGUUUCAGCGCCAUCAUGGGGGGCCUCGGUCUCAUGAACAGCAUCGGCAUCUACCAGGCCUGGAUCUCCUCUCACCAGCUUCAAUCCCUCUCUGCUGGCCAGAUCGGCUGGAUCUUCGGUGUGUACAACUUCCUCGUCUUCUUCGGCGGCAUUCAAAUUGGCCCGAUCUUUGACGCUCGCGGACCCCGAUGGCUGAUGCUGACCGGGUCCGCCCUACUGGUACUCAUGUUCAUCCUGCUGGGCUUCUGCCGCGAGUACUGGCAUUUCUUCCUCGUGCUCGGCGUGCUCGGCGGCGCAGGUACAUCAUUUAUCUUUAUCGUCCCAGUCGCAAGCAUCGGACACUUCUUCGCGCAGCGCCGCGGCGCCGCCACGGGCCUCGCCAUGUCCGGCGGUAGUCUCGGGGGGGUCAUGUUCCCGCUCGUGCUAGAUCAUCUAGCGGCGCGCGUGGGCUUUGCCUGGGCCACGCGCAUCGUCGGCCUGAUCACCCUCUGUCUCCUAAUCCCCGGCUGUGUCCUCGUGCGCGCCCGUCUGCCGCGCAAACCAAGCGGCAAGGCAUAG